CCGAGAUGCUACGUCGCCGUCUACCUUUGCAGCUGCCCGCGGCGCUAGCAGCCUCACUGGCCUGUUUGAACGCGGGGCUGCUGAUGGGCUGGAGCUCGCCGGUGCUGCCACGUCUGAUGAGCAACGCGUCGCACAUCGCUGUCUCGGCGGAUGAGAGCUCGUGGCUGGGGUCGGUGGGAAUACUUGGCAUGGUGGCGCCCUCGCUGCUGGCCGUCGUGCUCGUGGACACCGUGGGCCGCCGAAGGCUGCUGCUGACCACCGCACUGCCCUUCCUGGUGAGCGCCCUCUGGCAGCGGUUCGCCUCCACCUACUGGGAGCUGCUCACCGCCCUCUGCGUAGGCAGCAUCGGCACCGGCAUCAGCGUCACUACAAUGCCGAUGUACGCAGUUGAAAUUGCGCAGGAUCACACGAGAGGACGGCUGGUGGCAUUCGGUCCACUCAUGUUGGGCGUUGGAGCACUUCUAAUGACGAUCGUUUCACUCAACGUCUCCUUUUUCUCAAUGACUGAAUUCAUGAUGGCGUGUAGUAUUUUGUUUGUGGCGAUUUUCUGGUGGAUGCCAGAAAGUCCCUACUUCCUGGUGGCCAAGCACCGCAAAGAAGAAGCCUUGAAAGCACUGAUGAAGUUGCGGGGAACGUAUUCUGCAGACGAUGCUCUGGACGAGGUACAGGCAAUCCAGAGGGCUGUAGACGAGCGCACACAGCGCGAGAUCAGCGCGGCGGACUCCCUGAGGGAGCUGCGGAAGAACGCCGGCGCUAGAAGGGCUUUUCUGGUGUCGCUGGCUGUGUCUGCGCUGGUGGCGCUGUGCGGCUGCGACGCGCUGCUAUCGACCUCGACCAGCGUCCUGGAGGACAGCACCAGCCCGCUGGACCCCGGCCUGUCGGCGACGGCAGUGAGCGCCGUGCGGGCAGCGUCGGCCGGCGCCUGCCUGCUGCUGCUGGAGCGUCUGGGCCGGCGGCCGCUGCUGCUGCUCUGCUUCGGCGGCUGUGCCCUCUCCUCCGCAGCCAUUGGCGUCUACUUCUACCUCAAAACGUACAGCAGCCCGCAAGUCGUGGCCAGCAUCUACUGGCUGCCUCUGACGAGCCUUCUUCUCUUUUGCGUGUCCUUCGACAUGGGAGGCUACCCGCUGGUGUGGGUGCUGCCGAACGACGUGAUGCCGGCGUCAAUGCGGGGUCUGUGCAACUCGUGCGUCUCCGUCGUGAGCUCAGCGCUGGCCUUCACCCUCACUAAGCUGGCUCAAGGCGUCUCAGGUGCUGGAGCGCCUUUCGCGCCCUUCUGGGUCUUUGCUGCAUGCGCCUUGGCUGGGUUGUCCUUCACUUUGUAUUUUAUUCCCGAAACCAAAGGUCGCUCACUGAUGGAUAUCUCCUCCGAGAUGAACGUCAAAGCGCUUGGACGCCCGCCUGACAAACGUUAUCACUGUCUCUAGGAACUGCUGAGGCAAAUUUGGCUUUUCUUGUACCGAGAGAUAGAGAGUGACUGCUUCAGAGAAAUUAAUCCAAGUCAGUGAAGGGAAUGACACUACUUUACCUAAAACGGAACCGUUCAACUUUCAGCUACUUUAAUAACUUAUCCCUGCUAAGAUGUUAUGGACCCAGGUCACUGCGGAAAAUUACGUAUGACUGCCUCAUAGCUGCUCACUUAAAAAAAAA